AAACAAUUGGUAUAAUGUACUGUAAUGGGUGCAAUAAAAUAAAAGAAGUCUCCACCUACUGACCACCAAGUCAUUCCUGUCGGUAGGACCGUUCGAAAAUUUCUAAAAUUUUACCUGCCCAGUCACUGGGCACUCAGGUGUGAACGAGACAACACUAAUGUGAGAAACAAAAAUGUGCGUUACUUGUUAAUUGUGUUUUCGUGUAUUGAAUAUUUCUCGGUCCAAUUGUGUUUGUAUCAAGAAAACAAAAACCAAAACAAAACAAAAAAUGAAUGCGAGAGAAAUGACUUCUUCCGAAUUACAAAACUUGACUUGGGGCAAAAGGCAUCCAGUGCGAUCAAGAUUGUUGGAUGCUCAACUUUGGUCCGAAUUUUUAGCCAUCAACAAUGAAAUGAUUGUCACAAAAACAGGAAGGAGAAUGUUUCCGGUAAUUAAAACGCAAGUUACCGGAUUAUGUCCGGGAGACAUGUACACUGUAUUUUUGGAGUUUGUGCAAGUGGUCGGACAACGAUGGAAGUACAUUAACAGCGAGUGGUCGCCGACCACCACAUCGGACCCAGCCACAAAGAAUCCGUUUUAUAAACACCCAGAGUCACCGAAUUUUGGAAAACAUUGGAUGGAUCAACCGAUUUCAUUUGCUAAAAUCAAACUCACCAACAGACCGGAUAACCCGGGACAGACUCACUUAAAUUCGUUACACCAAUAUGAGACCAAACUUCAUAUAAUCAAAGUCGGAGAUCCGGACGACGUACAAAUUUUUGCAAUGCCUCAGACCAGAUUUAUGGCAGUCACAGCAUAUCAAAAUGAAGAGGUGACUAAACUUAAAAUCAAAUAUAAUCCAUUUGCCAAGGCAUUUAAAGACACCAAAGUCAAGUCUGAAGAAAAGGAUAGAAGAGAACAUCAAGAUGUUUAUCAGCCAGCACUUGGAUAUGAAAGUAACUUGAACUUUUCUCACCAUGAGAAUUAUAAUGCAACAACAACAUCUGACGAUUGGUUAUCUCAGUACGGAGGCCAAAGAGAACCAAUGAACCGAUGUCAAUGCACAGCUUGUUAUUUUGUUAAACCACAAGUUAAUCAUAAAAAAUGUGUCCCUAUUAACAGUUCUGGCCAAGACUAUGAACACACCACGUAUCAGCCAGCAUCCUACAGUUGGACACAAUUGGGAGGAUAACGUAUAAUGUAUCGUUUACAUAUUUUCACAGCCUGAUAUUUUGACUGUUUUAAUUUAAUUUUUAUUUGAUUUGGGUUAUAUUUUGUAUAAAUUAUAUUAUUAUCCAUUGUUUUAGUUUAUGUAAAUGUAUAUCUAUAAUACAUAUUAGAUUUGGGGUGAAUAAAAAUAUCUACUCAUAUGUUUGUCAAUUAGUAAUUUAAAAUUGUAUUUGAUGUUUUGUCUGAAUGUGUAUCAAUGAUAUCAAUUUUUUUUAUAACUAAGUAAAAUAAUUACUAAUACACAUAUUAUUCCUCUAACAGAACUCGUAAGCUACCCAGUUUAAUAGAAUAAAUAACAAUUUAUUUUUAAAUAGAAAUAGUUAAAUAAUUAAUCAAUAUUCAAUAUGAUAUCUUCAACAUCUAUAUCUUAAAUUGUUCUACUUAACACACAGUAAACAAUCUUAACAAAAUAAUUAUUCAGUUAAUAUAUUUUUAGUACAUUGUUCAGGACAGGAGUGGUUAACAGGGUGAAAGCAACAUGAUUUUGAGUUGAUCCCGAGUCCCUUUUGCCAUUAAUUAUAAACUAAUUAAUGACAACCCUAAUUUUUUUAGUAAUUUAUUAAAUCGGGGUUGAGUCAAUGUUGAUUAAAACUUUAGAUAACAUUUCUUCAUGCCUUUUAAUAUAUAUUAUAUAAUAAUUUUUAUACUUGUCAAUUACUAAGGAUUAAAAUAAAAUAUUAAUGUGUAUAAGUAUAACUAUUGAAGGAUAUACAUUUUUUGCAGUAAAAACUUCAAAUCUCUUUUUAUAAAUAUUUUAAAAUACAUCAUGGCGUAUUCAGGAUUAUUACUGAGGAGAUUAGUAAUAGAAAUAAAAAAAUGUAAUAAAACAUAAACAUUACUUCAAAAACUCUUUUACACUUCUUGUUUCCUUUCUACCAUCAAUAGACCACUAUUAUAGAUGAUCAAUAAUAUACAGUUAAUUUUUUUUAAUUACCUUUAUUGGCAGUUGUUUGUUAUAAUCAUUAACAUUGUCUAUGAACUACGCAAAUGUCUUAACUAUCAUAGGCAAUAUGUUAUAUAGCAAGUUGUAAGAACUUUUCUAUACAUUUUUAAAAUAUUAAAAUCUUAAAUGAGAUAGUCUGGCCGCCUGGGCCACGAAUUAAGGUAUAAAAAUAUUAAUAAGUUUUUAUUAAUAAUAUAUAUCUUAAUUUGUGGUCUGGGCUCAAAUGGCUUACUCUAUAUUAUGCACAUCUAUGUUUACACAUAGUUAACAUUUGUUACUGUCUUGAAACUUCCAUGUGCUAUACAAUUUGUUUUCCACUUAAAUCUAUUUAAAAUAUGUUCAACAAAUAAAAUAACUGCCUGGGAAGCAGCGGGUUUAAUUAAAAUCACUGGACCACAGAGAUUUUAAAAUAAAAUGUAAGACUAAUAAGUGUGCUUGUUAUGCUAUUAAUCAUAAACAUGUAAUUAAAAACAAAUAAUAAUUAAUUUGGUUGUAUAAAUAUUUUCCAUUAAAAUAUGUUUACAUAUAUAAUAUAUUUUUUCACAUUGCCUAAAGAGCAUCAGUCAUUGAUGAUAGUGCCUAUACAGUGGAUUCUGCUUAAUGUGAACACGUUGAAACCAAACUCAUUUGUCCAAAUGAAGCGGUUGGCCUUAUUAACUGAAAUUAGUUAUUAAUUAGUUGAUAGUUACAUUGGAACUGGAACCAGACCAUUUUACCCAUAUUACGCUGAUGCCAACAUUAGGCAAAAUCUACUGUAUUUAUAUUUUUAUAAAUCUUAGUAUCAUUUCUUUGAUUCCUUCAUUUAUGGUUUAAUAUAAACAGCCAGUUUCUUAAUUGCCUAGUCAUUCUCGACAGUGCCCAAUUAUUAUCACUGGCGGUAACAUAAAUAAUAUGUUAUUAUUCUGUGUUAUUAUAGACCAGCGGUUCCCAACCUUUUAUGAGCGUGACCCUAACAUUUUAAAUUUAACUUUUGGCGACCCAAAGAAAAAAACAUUCAAAGUUGCUAACACAAUUUUUAUUUAUUAACGU